AUGGGGAACUGGUUCUAUUUAGAUGCUAGAUAUGUGAAAAGAACCCAGAAAACUCCACAUGGUCAGUCUGCUGGUCAGGCAAUCAGUAAAUUAAAUAUUCGAUUAGAUAUAUUUCAAUGGGAUGCCUGUUCACUUCCAUUAAGAAAUAGUUCUGUAGAUGUAUUUGUUACUGAUUUGCCUUUCGGAAAAAGGAUGGGAUCUAAAUUUGAUAAUCGCAAAUUAUAUCCAAGUUUACUUAAUGAAAUGGCAAGAGUCUGUAAAAAUAAAAAUGGUCGUGCUGUACUUUUAACUCAAGAUAAAAAGACCAUGUCACAGACAAUAGGAAGAUAUGGUCGAUUUUGGAAACAGACUCGUGUUUUGGGCGUAAAUAUUGGAGGUCUGUCGGCAUGCGUAUAUUUAUUAAGCAGAACAACUGUGCCUUUCAAAUCCCAAAUUUAUAACGUACCAACAAAUGUCUCUUGUAAUGAAAAGGAACAAGAUUGAAAUUUUAAAAUUAUUUUGAGUUUAAUAUGUUUUAUUUAAAGUUUAAAAAAUAUACAUAAAUAUA